GCGAGUAAACGCGAGCAGACGCGAGCAGACGCGAGCUCUGUGCGAACAGAGCGAGUUGCGCGAGUGAGCCAGCGAACGUAAGCUAUAUACCUCUGUUCGCAUCGAUCACACCGUCGACGUGAUGGCAGCUCAAUGGAUUCGUACAGCAAUUUCUUCAAAAAUUACUGGUGCACGGCUUUAUAGCAGCAAGGUACACAAAUGCACCCUUAUUCCUGGAGAUGGCAUUGGACCCGAGAUUUCCAUUGCCGUACAAAAAAUCUUCGAUGCCGCCAAGGUGCCAAUAGAAUGGGAAUCAGUUGAUGUAACGUCAGUAAAAGGUCCAGAUGGUAAGUUUGGUAUACCACAAGCAGCCAUCGAUUCUAUCAAUAGGAAUAAAAUUGGCCUUAAGGGACCUCUAAUGACUCCAAUUGGAAAAGGUCACAGAUCUCUCAAUCUUGCACUCAGAAAAGAAUUUAAUUUAUAUGCCAAUGUGCGACCAUGCCGAUCUUUGGAGGGAUACAAGACACUGUACGAUAAUGUCGACGUCGUUACUAUCAGAGAAAAUACGGAAGGUGAAUACUCUGGUAUAGAACAUGAAAUUGUAGAAGGCGUCGUUCAGUCCAUCAAGUUAAUCACGGAGGAGGCCUCUCGUAGAGUAGCAGAAUUUGCUUUUCAAUAUGCCACAGACAAUAAUAGGAAAAAGGUUACUGCUGUACAUAAAGCGAAUAUCAUGAGAAUGUCGGAUGGCUUGUUCUUGAGAUGUUGUCGAGAAGCAGCCCAAAAGUUUCCAUCGGUCAAAUUCGAGGAGAGGUACUUGGAUACAGUUUGCCUAAACAUGGUACAAGAUCCGAGUCAGUACGACGUGCUCGUCAUGCCUAACUUGUACGGUGAUAUUUUAUCUGAUAUGUGCGCUGGACUCGUCGGAGGUCUCGGUCUGACACCAAGCGGAAACAUUGGUCUGAAAGGAGCCUUGUUUGAAUCGGUACAUGGAACUGCACCCGAUAUUGCCGGGCAAGAUAAGGCAAACCCCACAGCGUUGUUGCUCUCCGCGGUGAUGAUGCUCAAGCACAUGGGCCUGAGCAACCAUGCCAAGAUCAUUGAACACUCUGCUUACGACACUAUCAAGGAAGCAAAGUAUCUAACCGGUGAUUUAGGCGGCACUGCAAAGUGCAGCGAGUAUACCAAUGAAAUUUGUAAGAAAAUUGCCGCGCAAGUCAAAUAAAAGGCAGACACCUUUGUUUCGUUUUGUCGAAAUUUGAACUGCCAAAAUACUCAUAGAAUCCGCGAUGAAGGGACUGCUAUUUUCUACCAUUUGUUGUAUCGCAUACAAUUUCGUCUCCGCGCGAUUAGAAAUUUGUAAUUGAAAUCGACGGAAUGCAAGUAUCGCUGAGUAUUCUUUCAGUCGCUCACGCGUAUGCGUAUGAAUUUUCUCCCUUUCUCGAUGUAUUAUCUCGAUUUAAUUUA